AUGUAUAACUCUUUUUCUGCUAAAACGAACGCACAUUUCCGUAUAGGAUUCCUUUUCCCUAAUAUAAUCUAUCUAUCUAUCUAUCUAUCUAUCUAUCUAUCUAUCUAUCUAUCUAUCUAUCUAUCUAUCCAGAUUCUGUCUGGACAACGAUGUAUCUAUCUGAAUCUCGGCGAAACUACGCAUUUAAAAUCAGUCGAUAGAGAAGGCCAUUACUUAUUUACACAACUAAGUCGAUUAGUAGAUUUGUACCGUCUUCUUCGGAUGUCCCAUGUAUCCAUUCUCUCUAUCUCUUUCUUUCUUUCUUUCUUUCUUUCUUUCUUUCUUUCUUUCUUUCUUUCUUUUCUUUUUUUUUGUAAAGUUUUUUCUUUCCAUCCAACCUUUUUUCUUAGAUUUCUUUCUUUCUUUUUUUUUCUUUCUUUCUUUUCUUUUUUUAUUCUACGCCUUUUUUCAGUUUUCUCUAAUUCCAUACGUUUGUUAGUUUCUUUCUCUUUUCUUUUCUUUUUUCUUUUUUCUCUUUCUUUCUUUCUUUCCGUAAUUGAAUAUUCGUUUGUUAGUUCUUUUUUCUUUCUUUCUUUCUUUUUUUUUGUUUCUUUCUAUUUUCUUUCUUUCUCUUUUUUUUCUUUUUUAAUUAAUUUUCUCUAA